AAUUUGAUUUCCGAUAUUGAGAGGGAUGGGCUUGCAUUUGAAUUAAUGAAAUUAAGCUACAGGCAUGAUUUAUUUGAUUUGAGGAAUAACAUUUGUCUUGCACAAGCAAAGCAAAACAGUGAUGAUGUGGCUUUUGCAUUAAAAGACAGCAAGGAGAUACCUUGGUUGGCCAAAGCACAAUGCAAAGCAAAAGAAAGUGCAUGGCAGUACCCUGAGCCUUCGCCGAAGCAGCAACGUGCAUUCUUCAGGCCUCGACACCUGUUUCAGCUGUUGGUUGCUCAUAGCCUUGGCAUCACAGUUGAUCUAUCGGAGGACCCAACUUUUGAGUAG